CCACCCCCGGGGACACGCUUCUGCCGUGUCAGCAUCCAGAACCUUCUGCACAUUGUGUCCCCAACAAUGGCACUGUCCCCAUGGAGGGACAGAGGGACACGGAGGGACAGAGGGACACAGAGGGACAACGGGUGCUGAAGGUGGGUAAGUGGCCCAGGGUGGGUGUCCCGGGGGGGGUCAGUCCCGAAUGUCCCUCCAGGUGACACCCCCGGGUACCCCCAUACCCUGAAGGUGCCACCCUGGCUACCAGUGACAGCCCCAAAUGUGUCCCCACGGGUGUCCCCUGCACCCCCCCAGAGAUGUCCCCAUGGGUGUCCCCCAUGCCCCCUGGGAAUACCACCCUCACAGAUGCCAGUGUCCCCCGGAGAUAUCCUCAUGGGUGUCCCUUUGAGAUGCCACCCCCGGGUCCCCCAAUGUCCCCAUGGGUGUCCCCCCUGUCCCUCAGAGAUGUCCCCAUGGACAUGUCCCUUGGAGAUGUCCCCAUGAGUGCCCCUGGGUUCCCCGUGUCCCCACGGGUGUCCCCGGCAUCCCCUGGUGCUGGAAUGGCCAGGUCCCCCCAUGUCCCUUGGAGAUGUCCCCAUGUGUGUCCCCUGGGUUCCCCCAUGUCCCCAUGGUGCAUCCGCUGGUGCUGCCACCCUGGGUACCCCCAUGUCCCCCAGAAAUGUCCCCAUGGGUGUCCCCUGGUGCUCCCCCCCCGGGUGCCCCCAUGUCCCCUGGCAAUGUCCCCGCGGUGUCCCCGCGCAGGGCGAUGCCAGCGGGGGGGGGGGCUGCUCUGCGGGGCCAGCGGCCUGGGGCUGCUCCUGGCGGCCACCGCCACCAGCUCGUGGCUGCAGCGCCGGGUCCCCGGUGGCAGCGCCAGCAUCGGGCUGUGGCACGUCUGCGGCGGGGGACACUGCGGCCCCCACCCCAGCACCCCGGCGCUAUGGGAGGCCACGCGGGUGCUGAUGCUGCUCUCAGUGCUCAUGGCCACUGCCGGCCUCGCCGUGGGGCUCUGCGCUGCGGCCGGCACUGCCUGGCGGGUGCGUGUCCGUGCGGCUGGUGUCACCCUGUUCCUGGCUGGGCUGCUGGCGCUGCUGGGGCUGGGGCUGUACACGGCCGGCACCCCGAGCCUGCUGGGGCCGGCCCGCGCUGCCUGGCGCUUCUCCUGGUCCUACAUCCUGGGCUGGGUCGCUGCCGUCCUCAUCAGCUCCGCAGGGCUUUUCCACCUCUGCGCCGCUGCCAAGGACCCGUCUCCAGAGAGCUCCGAAGUGACGGGUUCCUGAGGGGCACCAAGUACUUCGGGGGGACCCCGCGCCCAGCCUUGCCCCCCCUACUCCCCACAGGAGCCGGGUGGGGGCACCCCGCUGUGCGGGUCACUGCUGUGCUGAGUUGUGUCUGGUCACUGCUGUGCUGAGCUCCCCCCAAACCCCCGUUUUGCCCCUAUUUUUGCUGUGUCAAUAAACUGCCCCCGCCAGCCCCC